UAGGGUUAGAGGCAACCGGCUAGAACCCUGAACGUGGUCGGUUGGAGCAAAUAUGUCUGUCCGGAGGCACAUUGGGAAUCCUGAGUAUCUGACCAAAAGGAUACCACAAAACCCAAAGUAUCAGCAUGUCAAGUCAAGACUGGACACUGGUAACAGUAUGACUAAAUACAUUGAGAAGCUAGAAGAGAUCAAAAAAAAUUAUAGAUACAAAAAAGAUGAGCUUUUCAAGAGACUAAAAGUUACAACCUUUGCCCAGCUGGUCAUCCAAGUUGCUUCCUUGUCUGAUCAAACACUGGAAGUGACAGCUGAGGAGAUCCAAAGGCUAGAAGAUAAUGAUUCUGCGACUUCGGACCCUGAUGCUGAAGUCACUGCCAGGACCAAUGGGAAGGGGAGCCCUGGGGAGCAGUCGCCGAGCCCUGUCCAGUUCAUAAAUAGCGUGGGAGCAGGGGACUCCAGUCGCUCGACGCUCCAGAGCGUCAUCAGUGGUGUUGGGGAACUGGAUCUAGACAAAGGGCUAGUGAAGAAAGCAGAGCCCAACACCAAAGACAAGCCUUAUCCCGACUGCCCCUUCCUGCUGCUAGAUGUGCGCGAUAGAGACUCUUACCAGCAGUGCCACAUUGUUGGAGCUUACAGUUACCCAAUUGCAACUCUGUCUAGAACAAUGAACCCGUAUUCAAAUGAUAUUCUUGAAUAUAAAAAUGCCCACGGCAAGAUCAUCAUUCUGUAUGACGACGACGAGAGGCUGGCGAGCCAGGCGGCCACCACCAUGUGCGAGCGGGGCUUCGAGAACCUCUUCAUGCUUUCCGGAGGUUUAAAAGUCUUAGCUCAGAAAUUCCCAGAAGGACUGAUUACGGGUUCCCUGCCAGCAUCUUGCCAGCAAGCCCUUCCUCCUGGUUCUGCCCGGAAACGAUCCAGCCCCAAAGUGCCACCCCCACCAGCAGAGAAUAAAUGGAGAUUUACCCCAGAAGACCUAAAAAAAAUAGAAUAUUACCUGGAAGAGGAUCAGGGUCCUGCAGACCAUCCCAGCCGGCUGAGCCAAGUCAAUGCCUCCGGAAGAGACUCCAAGGUUCCAGGCGCCCGCAGCAGUCAGAACCUGCCCACCGGGGCCCCCGCCGGCCACCAGAACCCCCGCUCACAAGGCAGCGGCCACCUGCAAGGCAAACCCUGGAAGUAAAGACUUUGUCUUACUCAAAUAAAUGUUUUCUCUCCUUUCGGAACCCCUGAGCAGUUCCCCAGUCAGUCAUUUUCAGAAACUGGUGCAGAGGAAAGACCACGCAUGGCAUGUGCAAUAGGCCCCUUCCCUCCUGCUGUCUCCAGCUCCUGUCCCUCAUCCAGCUCGGGAAGGGUUUGGACACAACCAGAGGCAGAUCAGGCUCUAGUGUCUGCGUGAUAUCCAUAGAAUAUUUACAUCUCUGAAACAGAGUCAGAAGAAAGUCUCAUUUGGGGGCUUUAAUGUGUUCUAAUAAGGUGCAGCUUGUUUUGGUCUGUAUCCUGCGUUGUUUUGUAAAUACUUCAGUUAUAUCUGAUGUGUUCCUCCCAACCAGUUCUUUUUCACUCACGUUCUUGGUUUCAUGAAGGUUCUUCAGGUAGGCUUUGCAGCCUGAGAAGCUGGCCUGGGGGUGCCAGUGAUUCUUGGCUUUCAGCCUCCCCACCCCCACCCCGAGUGGGCCCACUGGCUGAGGCGCUCUUCCCAGCACUGGAAGCAGGCUCUGUCGUGAGUUUGGUACCCGCAAGCAUCACUCAAUUUUAAGGUUCAGUAAAGCAGCGCUCACGCUUCCUGAACCUUCCUCCUCACUGCGCGAUUCCCGGAGCCAGCAGUGUUGAUAGGCGCUCAGCUGCCUCCCACAGGGCAUGGCCCGCACCGAGAGUCCUCGACAGGGCUGCUGAGAGCCUUUGAAGCCCCCUGGAGCUGCCCCUCAUUGGCGUAUCAGUUAUGAAUUUCCACUCCCCAGCUCGGGUCCAUCCACCUUAGAUGGGCAGAAAUUCUGGCCACUUGAAAACAUCAGCUUCGGGUGGGCCGCCGAGGGCACACAGGUGAGGACGACUCCAGGGUCCUUUGUCGGAACUGACAGCCCCUUAAGCCCUUGCUUAAAAUACAGUAUUAGUCUAAUUGAGUAAUUAGUGCAAUUUCCUACUUACUUUUCAUUCUCAUGACUGAGCUGUGAUUAGGAGGUUGUGAUUAUAGAUUCUGGUUUGGGCCAGAAUUUUGAAUCAGCAUUAAUUGAAUUGCUAGAUGACUGACAUUCAUUCCAUUUAAUUGGGGGAACAAAAGACCUCAGGUAAGGAUGAGGAACUCUGAAAUCAUCAGGAAAGGGAAAAGAGCCUUGUUAAUUUUUAUGGUCUGUGAUCUGUAGCUGUGAUAAGGAACUGAGGAAUAAAUUGUGCUUUUUGUCAUGGCAACCAGCUUCUGAAAAGCCAACUGAAAAUUGCCUAUCCUUAGGUGGUUACUGCUGCUGCGUAAGAUUUGCCUUAACGGCACUAUUUUCUCGCCAUAAAAAAAAAACGUACCACAGUAUUUCUAGCGUGGGGGGCUGUGUUUGUAAGAGAAGUAAAGGUAAUAAAUAUCUCAUAGAGAAUAUGGAAAAAUAACUUUCAGAUUCCGCCCGGUUCUGUUUUAGUAUGUUUAUUUCUCUCCACUCGAUUUCCAAAGUACAGCAUUUUCCGAUGCUUUAAAAAUCAAACAAACCAGCGACAUUGUUCAGAUGUGAAGCCGUGCCCGGUUUUCCACAAGAUUCAAGAAUCUUGUAUAAAAUUCAGCCAACGUACACAUAGCUUUAAUGAGGAGCCUGUCAUGUUUCCCCAUAAAUUUAUUGCCUGAGAACUUAGUUCAGCCUUUUGCUAAUGCCAAAAUGCUCUGGCUUUUUAUUUUCUUUACAACAUAAAUUUUUUUAAAUGCAAAUUUUUCCACACUCAACUUUCCCCUAGCAUGGACAAGAUUUUCAGCCAUUUUUGACACAUAUACAUUUUUAAGAAAAAAAAAAAA